GAGAUUUACAGGUGAAUUGUAUACGUACGAUACUGAGCAUCGUUCAACUGCUUUUGAAGCCAAUCCUCAUUGUGAUAAAGCGCUUGUCUUUAUUGGUGGAUUAGGGGAUGGCUACCAUGCUGUUCCCUUUUUAGAACCAUUGUAUGCUAUGCUAUCAAAACUGGGUUGGUCCUUUGUUCAAGUCCAGCUUGAAUCCAGUUAUGAUGGUUUUGGUACAUCCAAUCUUCAAACAGAUUGUCAGCAACUGGAUUUACUUGUUGACUACUUAAAGACAGAGAGACAUAAGUCAACUAUUGUCUUUUUAGGUCAUUCAACAGGCAGCCAAGAUUGUUACUGGCAUAAUAAAUAUGGCCAAACCAGUUCAUCUGUCAGUGGUUAUAUUCUACAGGCACCUGUGUCUGAUAGACAACACUUUGCAGCCAAUCUAGAUCAUUUUGAAGCAUCUUUAGCAUUGGCUAUUCAGUUAAGAAAUGAAGGUAAAGGCGAUGAACUAUUGCCUCGAAAGACAUUGGAUGCACCUGUCACAGCAGACCGCUUCUAUUCUUUUGCUGCUCGACUUGGGGAUGAUGACGUAUUCUCAACCGAUUUUACAGAUGAAGAAAUCAAGCGAUUGUUUGCUGAUUUACAUCAACCUAUAUGCUGGGUGUAUUCUGAAAAAGACGAGUUCUAUGCUUCUGAUAAAGACAAGACACUCGUCAUGCAUCGAUUCCAGUCUUUAUGUCCUGCUAUUAUAGAGACACACAUUAUACCAGAAGGAGAUCAUAAUAUUACUCGAAAGGAUUCACAAGAAGCUUUUUGUCUUGUCGUAAAAGGGUUUUUAAACCGAUUUUCAUAAAAUAAAAUAAAAAAACGCAUUUUUUUUUUUUCUGUUUCGUUAUACAUUAUGGUCUGUAAGAAAUGUGAAAAGAAACUAACUACACUUGCUACACCAGACAAGUGGAAAGAUGGAGCCAAGAAU